UCUCAACACUCUUGUUGCUCAACACCCUGCUUUGUGGUUCUCAUCAUACAUGCAACCUCAAGAGUUGAAGGAAGAGGUUUUGCUCAUAAAUAGACACAGACACACACACACACACACACACACACACGUCUCGGACCAGGCUGAGUGAUGGCUGGCUGUGGCAAGGGUCCAGAGGACGAUGUCUGUCUGAGGUGGACAUGGGUGAAGGUCAUUGUACUGGUCUGCUGUUACGGCUCAGGGGUCCAAGGUGGUCAGUCUCCUCUCAGGAGGGAGAGGUCAGUCUCCCUCCAGGGUAGUAACCGGGAGCAACCUCACUGCCAGGGCCACUGUGAGGUUCAUGACAGCUCCCACAUCAUCACCGUGGAGUGGACCCGGUGUGACCGUGGGGUGGCGCCCAAGAAGAUUCUCGUCUUCAUGCCCUCGGGGGCAAAUCUGUCACUCAGCGACACCUACCAGGGACGUGUCACCAUGACGACAGCCAGCAGCUUCACCCUGAGGAACGUGAGCAUGGAGGACUUUGGGUUGUACUGCUGCAAGCUGAACGUGUUCCCUGAUGGAGUGCUGCAGGCAGAAGUGCAUCUGAGUGAAGAGGCAGACCACACAGCUUCUCAAAGACCCACACUGUUUGGCCUUCCUCUACAGAUCGUAUACAUCUUGGGAGGCGUUGCGUGUGCUCUAGUGUUGGUGGUUGUCGUGACGACUGUGAUUGUUUGUAAGAAGCGCAGAGUCCAGCUCCGGGACUACGUCAACGUAUCAGUGCACCAAGGGAGCGUCCCAAAAGGUCAGGAUGACACGGAAGAGGAGUACAUCAAGGGUGCAGAGGAGAAUGAUGAUGAUGAUGAUGAUGAAGAGGACAUUGAUUACCAAAACGUCUCUGUGUCCUGACCCUUAAACAUGUCACACACACACACAUGCUCACCCCGCACAUACAUACCGGUAAUAACAUCGGUACACGGCUAGCUGCAUAUAGACACACAAACGGCUGUGCUCACCUGCUAGCCUGUUAACACUCAGGCAUACACACACAUACACUCACAUGCAUACGCACACACUCAUAUGCAGAAACAAAUACACACACACACACACACUG